UCAAAUCCUUUUUAAGACAUGAAGUUAAUAGAUAUCAGAAAAAAUUAAAAUACCAACGAAAAAGUUUACCUUUAUUUAAAAAUUCCUUAUAUGAUACAGGUAUGCCCGAUCGAGAAACGCAAACCCAAGAUACUGACCCAAUUUGUGAUCACGAGGAAGAGAUUAAUUGUCGCGUUAAGAAAGAGUUAGAUAGUUUAUCCUGA